UGUUGACAUGUCAAGCUCGGGAGAGUUAGUAAAAGGAAAGAGGGUCCAGCCCCCCUGGUCUGCCCCAGCCGGGUCCAACCUGCCAAAGCUGCGACUCUACAACAGCCUCACACGCACCAAGGAGUUGUUUGUUCCCCAGAAUGGAAACAAGGUGUCGUGGUACUGCUGCGGACCCACUGUCUAUGAUGCCUCUCACAUGGGACAUGCCAGAUCUUACAUAUCUUUUGAUAUCCUCCGAAGGAUUCUGAUGAACUAUUUCAAAUAUGACGUGUUCUACUGCAUGAACAUUACGGACAUAGAUGACAAGAUCAUCAGGCGGGCCAGACAGAACUACCUCCUGGAACAGUACAGGGAGAAGAAGCCAGCGGCUGCCCAGAUACUGCAGGAUGUCCUUAGUGCCAGAGGGCCCUUCCAGGCCAAGCUGGCCGAGACCACAGACCCAGACAAGAAACAGAUGCUGGAGAGGCUGGACUCUGCCGUCGCUGCUGCCCUGGGACCCCUGCAGGGGGCAGUGGAGAGCAAGGCUGGGGAGGCUGACAUUCAACACCUGGCUCAGGUGUUACUGGAGAAGGCCAAAGACCUGCUGUCUGAUUGGUUGGAUGCUCAAUUUGGCAGUCAAGUGACCGAGAACUCCAUCUUCUCUCUUCUUCCAAAGUUCUGGGAAGGGGAGUACCACAACGACAUGGACGCCUUGAAUGUAGGUGGAAGCACAAACAACCCAGAUUUUAUCAUUCAUAUAACAUUUAUAUUUAGAAUGAAUUGUAUUUUACUAUGACCUUUUCUAGUGUCAGUGCUCAUUAUCAGAUGAGUAAUCUGGAAUGUAGGUGGAAGCACACAUAACUAUUAUGUCACAUGACCUGAAUUUGAACCUUUUUUAUUUGAAGUGUUUUCAUCAAACUGUCCUCUUUUCUUUUCAUGUCAGAUGGUCCAGCACCAUCCUCAGAUCAUUUCUGGAUAAGAGUUAAAACACAGGAUCAAAUCUUAUGUCACACGAUAAUGCAAAAACACGGGGCCCUAUCACAUAAACCAUACAGUAUUUUAGCAGUAAUAUAACAUUAAUAUUUCUAAUUGUUAAUCAUAUUUUACUAUUAAAAUGUACUACAUCUCUAGUGCCAAUCUGAUGAUUGUUAGAAUGACUGAUUCCCCCACCUAUUCUGUGUGCAACCCCCAGGUCCUUCCCCCAGAUGUACUCACCCGCGUCAGCGAGUACUGCCCAGAGAUCGUGGACUUUGUGAAGAAGAUCCUAGACAAUGGCUUCGGGUACGAGUCCAACGGUUCAGUUUAUUUUGACACAGCCAAGUUUGACACCAGCCAGAAGCAUGCGUACGGCAAGCUGGUACCUGAAGCGGUCGGUGACAUGAAAGCUCUGCAGGAGGGAGAGGGAGAUCUGAGUGUCUCAGCAGACCAGCUCAGUGAGAAGAGGUCGCAGAAUGACUUUGCCCUGUGGAAGGCCUCUAAGCCGGGGGAGCCGUCCUGGGACUCACCCUGGGGAAAGGGACGGCCUGGCUGGCAUAUCGAAUGUUCCGCUAUGGCUGGUUCCAUCUUGGGAGAGUCUAUGGACAUCCACGGAGGAGGGUUUGACCUCCGAUUCCCCCAUCACGAUAAUGAGUUGGCUCAGUCCGAGGCUUACUUUGAGAACGACCACUGGGUUCGCUACUUCCUGCACACUGGUCACCUGACCAUCGCAGGCUGCAAGAUGUCCAAAUCUCUCAAGAACUUCAUCACCAUCAAGGAUGCCCUGGCGAAGAACACAGCUCGGCAGCUCCGUCUAGCCUUCCUGAUGCAUUCCUGGAAGGACACCCUGGAUUACUCCUCCAACACCAUGGAGUCAGCUGUCCACUACGAGAAAUUCCUGAAUGAGUUUUUCCUCAACGUGAAAGACAUUCUCCGAGCUCCCUGUGACGUCACCGGACAGUUUGAGAAGUGGGAGGCAGCAGAGAUGGAGCUCAACGAGAGUUUCUAUGAGAGGAAGGCAGUCGUCCACGAGGCGCUGUGUGAUAACGUGGACACGCGCAGCACCAUGGAGGAGAUGAGGGCGCUGGUGACCCAGAGCAACACCUACAUAGCCAGUAGGAAGAGCUCCAAGCUGCAGCCCAACCGCAUGCUGAUGAAGAGCAUCGCUCUCUACCUGACUGACAUGCUCAAGACCUUUGGGGCCAUUGAAGGGUCCGAGCCUAUUGGAUUCCCAGUGGGAGGAGAUGGUCACCAUGUGGAUAUGGAGACCACAGUGAUGCCCUAUCUGAAGGUGCUGUCAGACUUCAGAGAAUCUGUUCGCAAAAUUGCCAGAGAACAGAAUGUGACAGAGGUGCUACAGCUGUGUGACGUGGUCCGUAAUGACACCUUACCUGAGCUGGGGGUGCGUCUAGAAGACCAUGAAGGCCUUCCCACUGUGGUGAAGCUGGUGGAUAAAGAGACCCUGCUGAGGGAGAGGAAUGAGAAAAAGAAGAUGGAGGACGAGAAGAAGAACAAGAAAGAGGAGGCUGCCAAGAAGAAGCAGGAGCAGGAGUUGGCCAAACUUGCGAAGAUGAAAAUCUCCCCGUGCGAUAUGUUCCGCUCUGAAACCGACAAGUAUUCCGGCUUUGAUGAAACGGGUUUCCCCACACAUGAUGUGGAGGGGAAGGAUCUCAGUAAGGGACAGACCAAGAAGCUGCGGAAACUCUACGAGGCCCAGGAGAAACUGCACCAAGAGUAUCUCCAGACCAAUCAGAAUGGCUGCUGAGAGUCCUGGGCCACGUUCAGUUGCCAAACGUUCUCGAAUGUUGCAGAUAGUUACGCCACUAUUGGAGCCAACAUGAAUUCCUUAAUCUACAUAUCAGAGAAGCAUGUUUGUUCUACAUAGCAUAUUUCUAUCUGAAUGUUCCGAAACGUCCUGCUGAACGCGCCCCCUGGAGGACGCUGCUCUGCCCCUCCUGCGCUCCGCCCAUAGGGAUAGUUCUGUCCUCAUUUGUCGUUAUUCAGUUCCUCCAAUAAUGUUUUUGCUAAAUCAACAAUUCCCUGCAUAUUAUGUGAGGGUGUGCAAAUUUGACCAAUCACUGCACUAUUUCCGAAUAAAGCAGUCAAAUCAUCGCAAUAUUAUCGCAUAAAAUGUACCCAUCACCGCAGUACAAAAAGAGCGCUUGCAAUUUCAACCAAUCAUCUCACAUUUACCGCAUAAUAUAGUUCAUUCAAGCCACAUGACAAAACUUUUCCCUCAUGCAGAAUGGCAGAAUUGCAGCAGCAAAAUAAAGCAAACAUUUUUUAUUUUUUUUCUCUCAGCAAAUUCCACAAAAGAAAUCACUGUGAAUUCCUGGAGGGCCUGACUAUUGGUGAUGCUGAGGCCAGAGAGACCCUGGGUGUGUUUCAAUAGUCUAAGGAAUGAUCUCCUCGUCUUUAUGUUAGCCUCCUCUUAUCCUGAGUUGAUAAGUCAGGACGGUGAAGGGUUAUCUUCUUUCUCCUCUCCACCUCUUUCACAUUAGAGCAGGUGAAUGGUGAGGAGAUGAAACCACAUUAGACUAUUGAGGUGCAGCCACUCUCCCAGUGUUUUUAAGACCUUGGGACAAAACCUGGGCUCCUUUGCACUGCACUCCAUGGGGUCACUUUAAAGGGUUGGUUCAAUCAAAAUCAGUAUUUGAUACAUUUUGUUUGUUUUUGUGAUUGACUGCAACUACGGUUCGGAUUCAGUUACUUUCCUACAGCAACAACCUGCUAAGAUUGGUAUUGAUAACCUGUUUCACUUGUUUUAGCUUUAACUAAAUUGCGUGCCAAAAUGAACUCUGCGUAAAACCACGCCUGGGGGUGAUCGAUAGCGAUGCUAAAGUGUCUGUGGUUGCUUUAGCAAAGUAAUAAUAACCUACUAUCUGUAGUUGUAGACACUCCCUGGCCCGACAACAACUUGCAAGCUGAAAAAAUGAUGACAUUCAGGUGAACUAUCCCUGUAGGCAACAGUUUGUCUAUUGAAAGGGAAAAUGAGUCCUCUGAAAGCCUUUGUUGGCCCAGGCUUCCAUGUGCUGUAGAUUGACUAGUCACACAAUGAUAGUUUUAGCUCUCCACUGCAGUGCUAUUCAGUGCUGUUAUUGGUUGGCAGCGUGUCAGACAGCCGUCCAUUGAGGUUUCAUUUCCCUCUCUCCAUCAUGACUGCAUAUCAUUCCUUUUUUUAUUAUGACAGAGGACAGUGAAGUUGAAUUAAUGCACGAUUGCAAUGCAGAGAUGAUUACAGAAACAUGUGUUACAGAGGCUUGGGGGUUUUGGUCUUUUACAUGACAAAAUAACAUGCUUUGAGCAGGUGUUAGGCAUGUUGCAACGAUAGCAGAGGGAUGAGAAAUCUUUUGUAGGAAUAUGGAAUGUGUGAGACCUUGAAAUAAACAUUUAAAAAAAAAA